GCACUAAAUGUUAGUAUGGUUGUGAAAGAAGAAUUCAGAAGGCUGCAGGAUAAAAUUGUUCUGGCAUAUCACAAAACUACUAUCCAACAUUUGCAUGGUGGAAAUGAGGUUUUGCGUGAAGAGUUGAAUGCAAUUCGAUGUGCCUGUUCGUCAUUGGAACAAGGAUACAAACCCAAAGUGACAUUCUUGGUGGUACAGAAACGUCACCACACUCGGUUCUUUCCAAGCCCUGAGGAUGCAGAUGGAAGAAAUAAGAAUGUGCCACCUGGUACAGUAGUUGACCGUGAAAUUACUCACCCCAUUGAAGUGGACUUCUAUCUGGUUAGCCAUGCCAGCUGUCGGGGUGUUAGUCGUCCUACCAGGUAUCAUGUGUUAUGCAAUGAUGACAAUCAUAUGACAAAAAAUGAAAUUGAAGAACUUACAUAUUACUUGUGUCAUAUGUUUUCACGUUGUACACGGAGCGUGUCAUACCCAGCACCUACAUAUUAUGCACAUCUUGCUGCUUACAGGGCUCGUGUGUAUCUGGUGGGCUAAGUAUAAAGCACAGUUUCUAAAACCUCAGGAAAGUUAUAAACAUAUGCAGUGUGAAGUAGGUUACUCUAAGACAGAUUUUUUGCUCAACAUUGUCACCAAAUUCACCUUCAAACUUUUACAUCAGUUAAUUUUAUGUUGUUAAUACAGUGAAUAUUUAUUUCUGAUAUCAUUAUUGAUAUUACACACCAACAAAUAUAAUAUUGUUUUAUACCUCACUGUGUACUUUAAUACCUUAUUGUAAUGCAAAAUGACAGUUAAAAAGACACAGUUACAGCCGUUAAUUAUCAUUCUCAAAUCUGGGAACAAGAAUUUCUAGGAAGAAUGUAGUAUGAUGCCUGCUUUUCUUAAAAUGCUUUGGUUUAUGUAUGUUUUUCGUAGGUAUCCACCAUAUUGGCUGCAAACAGUUUUUUACACUUACAGA